AUCUCGAUACUUGACCCUUUCUCUACUGGUAUUUCUCCCAGUUGUCAGGCACCUGCACCUGUCAAGAAAUAUAUCAACAUCAAAUGUUGUUUGUUUAUUGUCCCGUUUAGCAUGGAUUUUAAUUGAUUUACAAUCUAGGUAGGUACAAUGAAUUACGUUGAAUUAGGAAAGGAGUGUUUAAAUUAUCAGGCGACCCUAAUCAGCUGAUGAUCGGGAAAAUUACACUUUUUUCUGCGCAUCAUUUAAACCACUGUUCGAGCGAAUGAUACAAAGUAAUACUGCUAUUAAUUGGGUCUUGUUUUGCCUUUGUCUACGUGAUAAAGGCUAUUAUCAAUGACCCCCCAGGAGACGUAUGACCCCCACUGGAAGCGCUUUGAUAUAAGUAAAGCACUGCUCAUGUCACCCAACCAGUUGAAUAUUGACUGUACCUAAUUGAUAUUAACAACAUUUAAAUUUAUUAGCUUAGGCUACCCAAAUAUCCAAUACCUUAGUGCUUCUUGUGUGUUUUACGUAUAAAGUUGGAAAGUGUACUGAAAAGAGUUUGGUUUUGACUAUUUACAAGUGAUAUUCUUUCUCCUCAAUCUGGCUGCUGAGAGAGGAAUGCUGAGGUCCCCUAAAGACUGUCUAGGACUGCGUGUUCGUCUUAAUUCCCUGCAUCAAACCUGGAAGUGGUUGCACCAGACCAUCAGCCUUCACGACUAUCUGAUCUCUCUAACUUCAGCGUCUAAAAACGUCUGUUUACAACACAGCUUGACACACUGAGCCACUUUUUAGGGCACAACACCUACGAAACGAUAUUGAUAAGUACUUGUGUUCAUUACUAUUAGAGACACUAGAUAUAUUUUUAUGAAGAUGGCGUUUGUCCAAACUUCAUGCAAGAGAAUGGCCUGUUUAUUGAAAUGCCUCAAUGUUAGACAACUUUCCAACGCUAGCCUGUCCCAGGAGAAACAUAUUAAAAAGUCAGUGUUUAUAUCUCAAUCUAGUGAUAUUUACACCAACUUGGCGCUAGAAGAAUGGCUUUAUCAAAACUUUGACUUCAAACACCAUCAUAUUUUGUUGCUGUGGAAAAAUGAUCCAUCUAUUGUUAUUGGAAAACACCAAAAUCCCUGGACUGAAACCCGAUUUUCUGAUUUACAAAACGUUGAAAAUGAAGUCAGUUUGGCCCGAAGAAGCAGCAAUGGGGGAGCAGUGUAUCAAGAUAACGGAAGUCUGAAUAUGAGCUUUUUUUCAACAAGGGACCAGCAUGACCCAAAGUACAAUAUGGAAAUUAUUGCAAGAAGCAUUUUUAGAGAAUUGAAUUGCUCGGUUAAAACUGGACGUGAGGAUGGACUCUUUUUGAGAAGCAAAAAAAUAUCAAAUGAAGCAGUGAAAUUAGGCAAGGAAAAUUGCUACCAUAACAUGUCGUUGAUGGUUGCAUCAAACAAAGUAACCCGCAAUAUGGUUAUUCCAAAGCAUGGCAAUGCACCUAAUAUAGGAGCGAUCGGAACCAGUACUUCACCCAAAAUGAUGAAUGUAUGUGAAGAGAAUCCAACUGCGUCUGUAUCAUGUUUAACAAAAGCGGUUGGCUGGGAAUUUUUAAGAACAAGAGCACUUAACUUGGUAGACGGCGGAAUGGAACUGGCUCAUCAACAGAAAGGAUUCCAUCUAAUUAACCCAACGGAUAAGUGGUUUCCUGGUUUGAAUGAAAUACGGAAUAGGUUUAGCAGCUGGGAUUGGUGUUAUGGCGCAACACCAAAGUUUGACAUAACACAAUCGUUCACGGUGCCUGGGCCACUUUUGCAUGGCAAUGCUGGUGCUUCAUCGACUUUGAAUGUGACAAUGACGGUGGAAAACGGAUUAAUCGCAGAAAUUGCUCUCCAUAUGCCAUUUGAACUUAAUUCGCUUGGUUUUAUGGGAGAUCCCAAAAUUUUCCACACUUUGAAGGGGAAAAGAUUUUCAGUUCAGGCCUUUGAGGACCUGGAGUACUCUUUAGAUAGUCUUUUAGAUGACAAGCAUAGGUUUGUAACAGAAUGCGUGAAGCAAGUUAUGACCUGUGCUUAAUGUUCUCGUAAGUGGUUCUUCCGCUCCACGUUUUAGAACUAUUUUUAUAUUUUUUAUAUUGGCACAUUAGACCAAAUUUAGAAGCAUAGCUUGAAUCAAAGUCGCAUUUUAAGCAUAUUUUUGGAUGUAAUUAGCGUUUUAAUAUAAAAAAUACGUUGACUUCUUGUGUGACAAGCGAUAAGUUUAAUUAUGCGAGCUGCUAAUUCUCAAUUAAUGCUUUAUUUCAAAGCCUUUCGAAAUAUACUGAUUUGAUGUUUAUGUUAAGUUAUUUUGGUUUGAAUAAUUAUAAAAUGUAAUUUAAGUUUGAACCGUACUAUACGCUAUACGGUUUUCAAGAAUUGAUCAUAUCACUAUUUUUAAUUGUGUUUAUUUGUAUAUGCUUAGUUUUGGUUAUAUUAGAUUAUUUUACUUUGAAUAUUGUUUUGCCGAUGUUGUGCCUUAUCGAUAAUUAAUUUAAGUAUUUGUCUGUGUUUGUUAUUUUGUUGACUGUUAUGUAGGAAUGUGGAAUAAAUGUUUUAAGCUUU